AUGUCUAACGUUAAUGAAAAAUUACCUGAUAUUUUACAGGACGCUGUCUUAAAGGCAUCCGUUCCAGUGCCAGAUGACUUCGUCAAGGUCGAAGGUAUCGAUUAUUCUAAGCCAGAAGCUGUGGACAUGAGAGCCAGCGACUUGGUUAACUCCAUGAAAACCAUGGGUUUCCAAGCUUCCUCUUUGGGUCAAGCCUGUGACAUCAUUGACAAUAUGAGACAAUGGAGAGGUAAGCAUAUCGAUGAAUUGGAAGAGCACAAGAAAAAGGGUUCUUUUGACGAUGAAGGUUACCAGAAGACUACCAUUUUCAUGGGUUACACUUCCAAUUUGAUCAGUUCUGGUUUAAGAGAAACUUUGAGAUACUUGGUACAACACAAAAUGGUUGAUGCUUUAGUUGCCACUGCUGGUGGUAUCGAAGAAGAUAUCAUAAAAUGUCUAGCCCCAACUUACUUAGGUGAAUUUAGUUUGAAAGGUAGUACAUUACGUGAUGAAGGUAUGAACAGAAUCGGUAAUUUACUUGUUCCAAAUGACAAUUACUGUAAAUUCGAGGAAUGGAUUGUCCCACUUCUUGACAAAAUGUUGGAUGAACAAGAUGAAUACGUUAAAGAAAAGGGAAAUGCUUGCUUAGAAGCCAAUCAAGACGUCGAUUCUCCAAUUUGGACCCCAUCCAAAUUGAUUGAUAGAUUAGGUAAGGAAAUUAACGAUGAAAGUUCUGUCAUCUACUGGGCCCAUAAGAAUAAGAUCCCAGUUUUCUGUCCAGCUAUCACUGAUGGUUCCAUCGGUGACAUGUUAUUCUUCCACACUUUCAAAGCUUCUCCAAGGCAAAUUAGGCUUGACAUUGUCGCCGAUAUCCGGAAGAUCAAUUCCAUGUCCAUGGAAGCCUCUAAGGCCGGUAUGUUAAUCUUAGGUGGUGGUUUGAUUAAGCAUCAUAUUGCUAAUGCUUGCUUAAUGAGAAAUGGUGCCGAUUACGCUGUCUACAUUAACACUGGUCAAGAAUUCGAUGGUUCUGAUGCCGGUGCCAGACCAGAUGAAGCAGUCUCCUGGGGUAAGAUUAAGGCUGAAGCUAAAUCCGUUAAGGUUUAUGCCGAUGUCACUAUUGUUUUCCCAUUGAUUGUUGCCGCAACUUUUGCUAACGGUAAGCCGGUCGAGAAGAAACAAGAAUAG